AUGAAUCAGUUAUUUCUUUUGGUUUUGGCAUUGUUUACUGCAGGAUUGACAGCAGUGAUUAUGUGGAGAUCAUGUAGGAUUACAGGGUAUUUAAAUCCUAUUGUGUCUCGUAAUUCCUUUAUGAGUAACGCCGCAGUAAGACCGCUGACGUUUGAAGAUAUCAAAGUCACUGAUAAAGCACAUCAACGACUAAAGGAGAUCCUUUCACCAGGUGAGCGAUUGCGAGUAGAAGUAGACGGCGGUGGCUGCUCAGGAUUCGAAUACAAGAUUAAGGUAGACACAAAACUUCAAGAAGACGAUAGACUUUGGAAACGAGAUGACGUGGAGGUCGUUAUUGAUGAUAUGUCAUUUGGUUACUUGCGAGGAGCUACUAUCGAUUAUGUGGAAGACUUGAUGAAGGCGUCUUUUCGAGUCGUUAACAAUCCUGUCGCCGAUAAAGGUUGUUCAUGUGGUUCCAGUUUCGCUGUAAAAAUGGACUAA